AUGUUUGCUAAACGGCAAUUUUCAUGCGUCAUUUCAAAACGUUUGUAUUGGUCUUUUUUUAUUCGUUAUCAAUCAACGACAACUACCGAUCUAAUUAAAACGUCUCCAUCUGAUAUUGAACGGAAAUCAACCAUCGAUUAUACACCAUGGGCAACAUCAGAAUCAAAUGGAUUAAUUAAUUAUUUAUCUGCUCGAAUUAAAACUGUUGGACCUAUAACUGUAGCUGAAUUUAUGCGUGAAGCAUCGUUAAAUCCCAAAUAUGGUUAUAAUACACGGCAUGAAGUCUAUGGUAAAAAAGGUGAUUUUAUCACGACACCUGAAAUUAGUCAAUUGUAUGCUGAAUUAUUAGCUAAAUGGCUUAUGCAAGAACAUUCAACAAUUGGUGGAAAUGUUUUACAAUUAGUCGAAAUGGGACCUGGUCGAGGUCUAAUAAUUAAUGAUAUUAUUAAAAUAUUAAAAAAACACAAAUAUUCUCAUACACAUACAUUUUUUGCUUUGUAUGAAAAUAAUCUACAUAUGCGACGACGUCAAGCUGAAACAUUACUUGGACGAUCGUUUAAUCCAUUAGUUGCGAAUGAUUAUCGAAUAAAAGAUGGUAAUUAUUCUCUUAUAUGGAUCGAUGAUUUUAAACAAUUACUUCCUCAUGAUACAUAUAUUAUUGCAAAUCAAUUUUUUGAUGUUUAUCCUAUACAUAAAUUUCAAAAAACAUCACAAGGUUGGAAAGAAGUUAUGAUUGAUUGGAAUCCAAUAACAAAACAACUUCAAUAUGUGUUAUCAUUAAAGCCAACAUCAAUGAUUAGACUUUAUGAAAAUUUUCUUAAUAAUAUCAAAGAUAGACAACAUGUAGAAAUCAGUCCACAACGUGCAAUGAUAAUGCAAUCUAUGUGUACGCAUUUAAUGAAAUAUGGUGGUUCAGCUUUAAUAGGUGACUAUGGUCAUUGGGGUGAAAAAGGUGAUACAUUUCGUGCUUUUCGUAAAGAUGAACUAGUCGAUCCACUUUCUGAUCCUGGUAAUAUUGAUAUAACAUCAGAUGUUGAUUUUGAAGAAUUAUCAAUGCGUGGUAUGCAAGUACCGAAUGUUCAAUUUUUUGGACCAAUUUCUCAAGGAAAUUUUCUCUAUAAUUUGGGCUUGAAUGAUCGAUUAACAAAUUUAACAUAUGACAAAACACCUGAAGAACAAGAAGAAAUUUUAAGUGAUGUGGAAAAAUUAGUUAGUUCAGAAUAUAUGGGUGAUAGAUUUCUUUAUAUUUGUGCACAACGAACAAAUAAAAUAAAUGCACCUGCGGGAAAUUUUAUUAAUGAAGUUAAUUCAUGCGUAGAAGAUUCACUUAUUGGUUAUGUUCGUACGCAUGAUAAUUUAGAAUUAGCUGGACGAGCAGUUAUUUCACGAUCACCAAUACGAUCCGUAGCUGUUAUUAGUGGAAAUGGAGCUGGUCAUGAACCAGCAAUGAUUGGAUUUGUCGGUCGUGGAUUAUUAAAUGCUUGUAUAUCAGGUUCAAUAUUUGCAUCACCACCAUCAGCAGAUAUAUUUCGUCUUAUUGUGGAAAUGAAACGUCGUGGUGCUAAACAAAUACUUAUAAUUAUUCUUAACUACACGGGAGAUCGUCUUAAUUUUGGUUUAGCUAUGGAACGUGCUAGAGAACUAGCUAUUGAUAUUGAUAUGUUAGUUAUUGCUGAUGAUAUUGCACUUAAUAAUCCUAUUGGGCCUCGAGGUUUAGCUGGAGCUUUAUUAAUAAUUAAAAUUGCUGGUGAACUAGCUGAACAAGGUAAAAAUAUGACUCAAAUUGUUGAUAUUUGUCAAAAAGUACGUGCUCAUUUACGUACAAUUGGUUUAUCUGCUUCGGGUAUUCGAGCACCGGGUCAACAACAAUCAUUUGAUUUAAUGGACGAUGAAAUGGAACUUGGCAUGGGUAUACAUGGUGAAACUGGUGUACAAAAAUUAAAAUUAUUACCAGUACGACAAACAAUUGAUUUAGCAUUCGAUCAAUUAUUUGUUGGUCCACGUACACUUGAUCUUUCACCUGAUACUAGUGUAUUACUUUUUGUCAAUAAUCUAGGUGGUUGUUCAAAUCUUGAAUUAGGUGUUAUUGUUAAAGAUGCUAUUGAAAAUUUAGAACAACGAAAAUUACAUGUUAAACGUGUCAUUUGUGGAGAAAUGAUGACAUCAUUUAAUAUGAAAGGUUUUUCAUUAAGUGUACUUAAAUUGGCAACAGAUAUGAGUUCAACUAUUUUAAAUUUACUUGAUGCACCAACUGAUGCUUUUGCUUGGCCUAAAAUGAUCAGUCCAGUACAAUCAUCAAAUAGUAUUCAAGCAGUAUCAGAUUCAUUAGAAUUUAGUGAACAAUUUACUUCACAAAUUGUAAUAAGUGAAUCUCCUUUAUCAUUGGAUUCAUCUCAUAGUGAAUUAGUUAAUCAAGCUCUUCAAGCUAUUGUUAAACGACUUCAUAGUGAAACAGAUGAAUUAAAUCGAUUAGAUGCUGUUUCAGGUGAUGGUGAUACGGGUACGGCAUUUCUACGAGCAGCUGAAGCCAUAGCACGUGAUCUAGCUAAUAAAAAAUUAGUACUUUAUAGACCAUCAUCACUUUUUCGUCGUCUUGGUCUUAUUGCAGAAAGUCGAAUGGGUGGAACAUCUGGAGCAAUUUGUGGAUUAUUUUUUGCAGCGACAGCUAAACAAUUAUCAUUAUCAAAGUGCUCAGGAAAAGUAAUUGAUAGUCUUUGUGAUGCAUUUGAAGCAGGAAUACAAUCCGUUGAAUCCUAUGCACGUGUGCAACCAGGUGAUAAAAGUUUAUUAGAUGCACUUAUUCCAGCUAUUGAUUUUGUUAAAUCAAAACGUACACAACAAAAUUUUAGAGCACAUGAUUGGAAAGACUUAGCAAUUGUUACUCAACAAGCUGCUCAAGAAACUAGAAAUUUUGUAGCUAAAGUUGGCCGAGCUGCAUUUGCAAAACGCGUAGAAAAUAUGGUACCUGAUCCUGGUGCUAUAGCUGUUUCUAUUAUAAUUCAAGCGAUCUGUGAUACCUUUGCUAAAGCAGCUAGUAAAUAA